AUGAUCCGCGCAGGGUCCGGCUGCCAAUGGUUCACGCGGCGGCGUCUGCAACUCUCCCUGGCCGUCGCGGUGCUCCCCUUCACAUCUCCCUCCUACGCCCGCUCCCUGUCCGCGCGGGAGCUCAUCUCGCGCCCGCGCUCGUCGGACCUCGUCUCCCUCCCCAAGCUCAUCCACCAGACCUGGUUCCCGGCGGGGAGCAACAUGAGCGAGAACGCCCAGCUCUGGGUCCAGACCAUGCGGGCCCAGAACCCGGACUGGGAGUACGUCCUCUGGGAUGACGAGACGAACCGGCUGCUCGUGGAGACGCAUUUCCCAUGGUUCCUGAAGGACUACCUGCGCCUGCCCAAGGAGAUUCUUCGGGCGGACGUCGUGAGGAAUCUGUAUAUGUUCUUAUUUGGAGGAAUGUACGCCGACGUCGACACCGAAGCCCUCCGACCGGUGGACUCGCUCUUCGCCGGCCACGACACCCCGCUCCGGGCGGCGCACAGCAGCCUCCUCGGCUCAUGGACGGGGAAACGGGCGUUUCUGGGCCAUAUGUCGCACCGGGCGGGACUGGAUGGGCCUGCGGCCGUGCCUAACGGGUGGAUGGCGUCGCCGCCCGGCCACCCGUUCUGGCUGCUGCCGGUGAUCCACGUCAUCGAGAACCCCGACGGCAGUGAGGAUGGCUCGGUGGAGAGUCUGACCGGCCCCACGGCAGCCUGGGUAUUCUGGUCGAAUCUGACCAUCCUCUUCAAUAAGUGGUUGAUCGAGUCGACCGAGUUCCACGAAGCAAUAAUCCUUACAACCUGGCACCUCCUCUUCGCGACCCUGGCCACUCAGCUCCUCGCGCGCACGACUUCUCUGCUGAACAGCCGGCACACCCACCACAUGACCCCGCGCACCUACCUGCGCCAAAUCGUCCCCAUCGGGCUGUUGUACAGCGGCAGCCUGGUCACCAGCAACCUAACCUACCUCUAUCUGAAUGUCAGCUUCAUCCAGAUGCUCAAAGCCGGCGGACCGAUCAUCACCCUCCUGACGAGCUGGGGCUGGCGCGUCGCGCGCCCCUCCCUCGAAUCCUUCAUCAACAUCCUGGUCAUCGCGUUUAGUGUCGGGCUGGCCGUCGCCGGCGAGGUGCAGUUCGUCUGGACAGGCGUAGUAAUCCAGAUCGCGAGUCUGGUGUUCGAUGCGAAUCGGUUGGUGAUGAUCCAGAUUCUGUUGAGUGAGCACGGACAUCCAGCGCAGCGGGAGGGAUCUGGGGAGAGGGUGUCUGGCGAAAAGGUGCACGGGCAGGACCAUUCCCCAAAGAUGGAUCCCCUGGUCACGCUGUAUUACUCGGCGCCGGUGUGCGCGCUGACGAACGCGUUGAUCGCGGUGGGUAGCGGGGAGGUGGGCGGGUUCGAGUGGGGGAUCGUCGAGCGCACGGGGUGGGGCGUGCUGCUCGCCAAUGCCGGGGUCGGGUUUAUGUUGAAUGUGUCGAUUUUCGUGCUGAUCGGGAAAACGUCCGGGCUGACGAUGACGCUGGUCAGCGUGCCCAAGAACAUCCUGUUGAUUGUCUGCUCGAUCGUCAUCUGGGGCUCGCCGGUGAGUUCGUUGCAGGUGGUCGGGUAUGGGAUUGCGCUGUUGGGAUUGUUGUAUUAUUCGCUGGGCUGGAGGACGAUUCGGCCGCUGUGCGAGGCGGCCAUCGCCAGGGUGAGGGGCUGGCGGCGCGGGGAGGUGUAUAAGUAUGAGCCGGUUUAGGCUGUGGUCAUUUCGGGGAUACAUGUGUAUGAG